AUGCUACCGUUGUUAAUAUUCGGACUAUUUCUCACGCUUGCUAGAACUGAAGAGAUCAAAACCCUUCCCGGUGUCUCGUGGGAACUCGGCUUUAAACAUUAUUCCGGUUUUUUCAAAGUCUCCGACAAUCAUUUUCUUCAUUAUUGGUUUGUUGAGUCACAAAAUGAUCCGGUGAAAGAUCCAGUGAUCUUUUGGUUCAAUGGAGGACCUGGAUGCUCGUCUCUUGAUGGUCUUCUCAAUGAGAUGGGCCCAUAUGUGGCGAAUUUGGAUGGGAAAACGUUGAGAAAAAAUGAGUACUCUUGGAAUAAGCUCGCUUCCGUUGUCUACAUCGAGUCGCCGGCUGGUGUUGGCUAUUCCUAUUCGAACAAUGGAAAUAUUAGCACAAAUGAUGAUCAAACCUCAGCUGAGAACUAUGAGGCGGUCAAGACUUUCUUCAAGACUUUCCCCCAAUUCCGCAAUCAACCGACUUUCAUUAUGGGUGAAUCGUAUGGAGGAGUCUAUGUGCCGACGUUAACCGCUCGAAUCGUUGAUGGAUUGAAGGAUUUCCCGAUUAAUCUAAAGGGAAUGGCUUUGGGAAAUGGGUAUGUCCAUGAGAAGCUCAACAUUGACACAUCGGUGAGAUUCGCUUAUGGACAUGGUUUAAUCGAUCAGAAAGUUUGGGACACAUUGGAAAGAGAGUGUUGCAAGGGAUGCAUUGAUGGAUGUGAUCUCACUGAGAUGGAAGGUCAUUGUGCAACAAUGGUUGAGGAUAUCUUCCAAUUUCUCUGGUUCGGCGGACUGAAUCCCUAUGAUCUUUACAGAGACUGUGACCCGAAUCCUGAUGCAAACAGCGUUCGAAUGGAGGCAAUGUUGAGGGGUGUUGCACCGGGAUUGGAGAAAGCGCUUCUCGAAAGAAAUGAGAAGAAAAAUAUGAGUGUCACUGAUUUUAUCCGGAGUCAGAAUUUCCUUUACGGUGACGCGCCUUGUUUAAACGAUUCGGAUGUGAUCAGCUACAUGAAUGAUCCAAAGGUUCGUCGUGCCCUUAAUGUGCCCUUCAAUCUCCCAAAAUGGGACAUUUGCAGCGAUCAAGUGACAAAGAUCUAUCAGAAACAGUACACCGAUAUGACUCCAUUCAUCAAAAAGGUGAUUGACGCCAAUGUGCGCGUUCUUCUCUAUUACGGAGAUACCGAUAUGGCGUGCAAUUUCAUGAUGGGACAACAAUUUGUCUACGGAUUGGGUUUAAAGAGAACUUUGGGGAAAACUCCGUGGAAAUUCGAUCGUCAAAUCGCCGGCUUUAAAUCGCUUUUUAAUGGGCUCACUUUCUUGACGGUUCGUGGAGCUGGCCAUAUGGCUCCUCAAUGGAGAGCUCCUCAAAUGUAUUACGCAAUUCAACAAUUCCUUCUCAAUCAUCCAAUU